AUGAGCACGUUCGCUACAGGCCAUGCCGCUCUCCUAUGCCCGCUCUCCGCCUUUCGCCUGGCACUGAAUGACGAUCUUGUCGUUCAAGACACGACAGCUAUCGGCCACACGGCUCCCGCCCUCGUCGGGGACUUACAGCCCGAUUACUGGAGGCGGAUCUGCUACGUCGGGCGCUGGCUCACGUUCCUCGCCGCCAACCUUGGCUACCAUUCGCCCAUUGACCCUCUCCUCGACCCCACGAGAACUCGCGCUAUCUACCUACCCCCAGCACACCUUCAAACUACCCCAAUCGCGCACAACUUUUUCGCCGCCGUGUCCGUCGCCGAGACACAAUCCUGGAUGUGCUUCUACGUGCCCGCCAACGGCACGCACACGGUCAUCAUUACCAAUGACGGCGAAAUACCGAGGAUGUUCCCGUCCCCCGCCCUGCGUACACAGAACCCCUCAUUCGAUGCCUUGAAUCACUGUCAAGAUCUCGUCCUCGUUGCAGACUCCAUGGCCGAAUUGUUCAGGGCGAUCAAUCGUGUCGACGAUGAGCUUCUAGCCAGAGGUCUUGUGGGAGAUCAUGAAGGGAACACCGGCCUACGGCGAAACGCCGAGUGGAACUUACCGCACUUCGUCCUCGCGCCAUGGAUCACCGACGUCGCGAACGCCUGA